CAUGCCGCACUCCAUCCGCAGACGUGCGCUCGUCUUUGACGUCAGGAGGCGCACAGCGGAGCGGCGCUGCGCACAAGCCCGGCCAGCAGCAGCACAUCUCUCCCGGAGGCAAGGAGCGCACAACCCCGGGCACAGAUCGCCAUUUAGCUGUAGUGUGGCGCAUCUCAUCAGCGCGACAGGAUGCCUCUAGGAGAGGACGGCAACGGAUGGAAGAAGAAGACAUCCGACAUUAAAGAACAUUAUGACUUCAAAGAAGUGCUGGGGACUGGAGCUUUCUCUGAGGUGCUUCUUGCUGAAGAAAAGAGGACCCAGAGGCUGGUGGCCAUCAAGUGCAUCCCAAAGAAAGCUCUGGAAGGCAAAGAGAACAAUAUAGAGAAUGAGAUUGCAGUACUGCACAGAAUCAAGCACCCCAACAUCGUUUCGCUGGAGGACAUCUUUGAAAGCACGUCUCAUCUGUACCUCGUCAUGCAGCUUGUAUCAGGUGGCGAGUUGUUUGACAGAAUUGUGGAGAAGGGCUUCUACACAGAGAGAGAUGCCAGCCAGCUCAUACACCAGAUCUUGGAUGCAGUCAAAUAUCUCCAUGAUAUGGGCAUUGUGCACAGAGACCUAAAGCCAGAGAAUUUGCUGUAUUACAGCAUGGAUGAAGACUCUAAGAUCAUGAUCAGUGACUUUGGCCUGUCGAAGAUCGAGGGAGCGGGCAGCGUUAUGUCCACAGCCUGCGGGACUCCCGGAUACGUGGCUCCUGAGGUGCUCGCCCAGAAGCCGUACAGCAAAGCAGUCGAUUGUUGGUCCAUAGGAGUCAUUUCGUAUAUUCUACUUUGCGGGUAUCCUCCAUUUUACGACGAGAACGACGCCAAGUUGUUUGAGCAAAUCCUGAAAGCGGAGUAUGAAUUUGACUCUCCGUACUGGGACGAUAUCUCCGAUUCAGCCAAAGACUUUAUCUGCCACAUGAUGGAGAAGGAUUCUUCAAAAAGAUACACAUGUGAACAGGCCCUACAGCACCCAUGGAUCUGCGGAGACACUGCUCUGGACAAGAACAUCCAUGAAUCCGUCAGUGCUCAAAUCAAGAAAAACUUUGCCAAAAGCAAGUGGAAGCAAGCGUUCAACGCCACGGCAGUGGUGCGCCACAUGCGCAGGUUGCAGCUGGGGACCAGCGUGGAGGGACCUAGUCAGAUCACUCCCACCAGCCCCUGCCAUGGACUCCUGCUCCCUGAGGAGGAAGAGGAAGAUGAGUUGGGGAAUGGCGAGAAUGAGAGCUUGUCCCACCACAGCGAUGAUCGUCGCGGAAGCGCCGAGGGGAGCACGGACCGGGACAGCCUGAGGAGCUGCACUUACUGCUGCAGGCCGGCCAGCCGCAUCUGAAUACAACCUCACUGACUUUUUUUUCCUUUUCUUUCUGAAAUUCAUUUUUUGUUUAUUUUUUCUUAAUUGAUGAUAUUGAGACCCUAUGGAGUGAACAGAGAGCUGCUUCCCACCCAGUCUAGCCAGGAAUGCAGAGUAGAGCUCAGCACGCACCAUCCAGCGUGUGGACCAUUGUCCUGACAGUGUCCCCUAAUGACAGACGUUUUUAUGUUACAGCGAGCUCUCAUUGCAACUAUUCUUUCAAACGCCACUGUGCUGCAGUUAGUUAUGUUUAAGGCCAUCUGCUUAUUUUUGGCCUUUUUUCAUUCCCAUGUUGUCUCAGUGAGUGUUUUUCAACCUUUAUUGAGCCAAGGCACAUACAGUACUGUUUUUUCACGACCAUAAGGCGCACCUAAAAGUCUUAAAUUUUCUCCAAAAUGGAAGGGCCGCCUUAUAAUGCAGCGCGCCUUAUGUGUGCACCGAGUUCCAAAAUCUGUAAAUGUUGUUGUGUGACUUUGAUGAGCACUCCGCUUGACUGACUGGGAACAUUUCCUGCCGACACACUGCUUUUAUAGAGGAAAGGCGGACGUGACUGAGGGCAGCAUGCGGACGUUAAAGGGUGCGCGUGAAAGAGGACGCUAAAGGCACGCCCCCAGUAAGUAUAUGCAUUGUGCAAAACAACAUCGGUUUGGCUAAGGACCCCCGAAAAUGGAACCUACAAAGAGACACGCUUACGAAGCACAGUUUAAACUGCAAGUUACGCGGAGGAACAUGGGAAUCGAGCAGCCGCGAGAGAAUUCAAGAUCAACGAAUCCAUGGUUAGCAAGUGGAGGGAGCAGGAAAACGCCGGCUUCAUUGCUGAACAGCCCACCGGCAAAAAGACUGACUCGGACAAUGACGAGAGGGAACCCGGCAUGUUUGAUGGAGAACUUGCCCAGCUGUUCAUUUCGGAUACAGAAGAGGAGGACUUUGAUGGAUUUGUGGAUGAGGAUUGAUCAAAAAAUAAUGUGAGUACAUUGUGAAAUACUUCAAUAAGGUACAACCGAACUCAGUUUUGCUCACGCUGCCUUUUUAAAAACAUACGCUAGCAUGCAUGCUAGCGUAUGUUUUACCAUGCCUGCGCCCAAUAAUACGGUGCUCCUUAUGUAUGUGUUAAAUACAGAAAUAGACCCUGUAACUGAGACUGCACCUUUUAAUACGGUGUGCCUUAUGGUCGCGAAAAUACUGUACUUAUAAUUUUAAAUUUGGUGAUAUUUGGUUUUCAGGUGAAGUUUCAGGGUGAACCUAAAAGGCACUGUAACCUUUUCAGGUAAACUUAAUUUGACUCCAAAAGGUUUGAAUGCACGUCCAAUUGUUCAUUGUUUCACUACUUUUUGCCCAACUUACUGUUGCUGAAUGGCAAAAUUCCCAAAACGUUUAUGAUCCAUGAAUCGACCAAUACAUUUCCUGGUUGAAUUAGAAAUGGCAUUUACACAGUCCUAUUCAUUAUGCUGUUGACAUUUUGACAGCAUGAGACCAAGACAACACCUAACAAUUGAUCAAAAGUGCUUUGCCACAGCGAGACUUCAAACAGGAUGUUCUCAGACGCAGUGGUGGGCUUUGCUUGAAUGACGCCCUGUGCAAGACCACCCCCCCCAACACACACACACACACCGGAUUGGACCUUAUAUUUGCUUUAAAACAUAUUUAAUUAUAAAUAAUAAUCAAUAGUAAUAAAAUAUAAACAGAAUUCAAAAACAAAUCUUGCAUUGGAUUGUCGAUGCUGACUUCCUAGCAUGUGUACUGCCAUGAUUGUGUACAGUUGCGAUAGUUACAUGUCAAUCGUAAUAUUUAGACGUUUGUGUUUCCCUAUAGUAAUAGUAGUUCUGUGUGUGUUUUACGUAUAAGACCAUAACACUCCCACUCCCCGCUCAUUUCAAUGUUUAUCAGCAAAAUCAAUAAAAACUUGAAUGCAUGUUAGGAGAACCAUCAGGAGGCAUUAUCCUGUGCGGCCACAUAUAUUACACAUACCAGAAACCGCCACUGCAGGGAAGUGGCCACUGAGGUUAGGUUGUCAGAGUGUCAUCAGCAUAUUGCAGGAGAGAUGCAGAGAGACUGGAAGACUCACAGAAAGGCUUAGAAGUGGAGAUCCUGGGAAAUGUAUUGGUCCAUUCAUGGAUUCAUCACCUUUUGUGAAUUCUGCCCUUUAGCUCCUUGUUAGAUACAGCAAGUGGUGCAAAAAGUACUGAAACAUUGACCUGUGCAUUCAAAAUGUUAGAGGUCAAAUUAAGUUCACAAAGGUUAUAGUGCAUCUUAGCUUAAACCUGAAAUUUCACCCAAAACUCGAAUAGCCUUAACUUUUUGUGAGUAGUGCAUUAUAUGUUGGAAAAAUCUCAUGGCACACAAACAAACAAUAAUGCCACUAAAUGUAUACACAGUACAGUAUUGUAAAAUAUUAUCUUGUCUCAAUUUACUCACAAAUUGACUUACUGAGUAUGAAAUCUCGGUUAGUAUGGAGAUGAUUUUGUUUGUUUUGUUUUAUGGCUGUUCUGUUAUUAGAGGCUCACACUGAGAUACUCCUAUACGUUCCUCCUCCAUGAAUUGUUGUAAUGGAAAGUACCACUUAGUCUAAGGAGCACAGUUAAAGCCCCAAAACAUGCAUCCAUCACAUUUCUAUAUGGCUUAUCCUGUUCAGGGUCGCAGGGAGCUGCAACCGAUCUCAGCUGACUUUGGGUGAAAGGCAAGACUGCACCCUGGACUGAUCGGCAGUCAAUCACAGACAACCUGAGUGGUAACUGAAACCACGCAAGUCAGGCGAGUGAACCGUCGCAGCAUCAGUCGCUAUCCCCAAAAACAUUUAACCCACAAAUGCUCGUCAUAUAUAAUGAAAAAUGCUUGCCCGACCAUUGCAUCAUAUUUUUAAAUGCUUGUCAUAUAUAUCAAAAAAUGCUUGUUCGAUCAUUGCAUCAUAUUUUUUCAUAAACUCAUUAUGUCCAUGUUCUAAACACUUAAAUGGCCCCACGAUAGUACUAAGGUUCAGCCUAACUAUCUGGGAUCUCAGUGUGGGUGCUCCACCUGCUCUGUGCUGUGCAAUCUCUAGUGGAAGUCGGUCUAGUGUUUGCAUGACCUGGUUAAAUGUUUACGUGAAUGAUGAUCAAUGAGUAUACACACAUGAUGAUGAUGAUUAUAUUAUUGUUAUUACUACUACUGUUGUAUUGCCAAUGAUGUACUCCUGUAAUUCUUUUAGCUAUAUAAUGUGAAGUGAGUAACACCAAAAGAAAUGUUGACAAAGUACAAAAACACAGCACAGUGGACGUAUUGUUUGACAUAUUUCGCAAAUUCAUGUCCCCCCCCCCACCCCCUCCCUCCCAUGUCUUUUCAUGUGUGAAGUACUCAAUGGACAAAAGUAUCGGGACACAUGACACCUG